UAAUACAUCACAAUCAACAUGAACAAAUUUGUCAUAACCUAACUUCCUUGCUGGUUGCAUUACACAUUAUUACAUACAGAAAACAGAAUAGUUGGCCAGGUCAGGAGGGUACGAUUGAUUUUUUUUUGUGUUUGUUACUAUUUUAAGUAUACAGAAAUGAGUUUUAUUGUUGAAAAACCUUUCACAGCAUGCGAAUUUUCUUGAAUCGUUACAAGUUUUAGAUUUAAAUUAGUGAUGUAGUGAAAAACUAUCAAAAGUCGUCAACAACCCAAAAGUCCUACCACCCUGGUUGAUAUAUUAUUUUAUAUAGAACAACCAUGGUUGUUGGGACAGUGGAUCAUUCCAUCCAAGCUGACAUCAUAUUUGUAAUUGAGGGCACUGCUAUCAACGGUGCCUACCUGAACGAUUUGAAGUCAAACUACAUCAUUCCAACACUUGAAUAUUUCAGUCAGGGCACCAUAGAAGAUUAUGUAUGUGAAAGCACCAGCACCCUCUACGGUAUUGUCACGUACCAGGCAGCAGAUUGCCUGCCCAGUCUCAGCAGUGACACCUACGGACCCUACACCAGUCCACAGAGAGUGCUCAUGAUGCUGGAUAAUUGAGUGUGUAAAAUGUGUACUAUUGAAUUGAA